UUCUAUUCUGGAAUUCUCGCGGUACAACCAGUUAAUACUGGAAACGUCUCACAUGCAGAAAAGGACUUUUGUGCGGUUAGUAGCGAAUACAAAACGAUAUAAAAAGUAUAUUUCUUUGAAAAAAGAAUACCUGAGUGAUUUACCGUCGUAAGAAAUCAGUGGAAAGUGAAUCAGAGCGUAAAGCGCCACCUUUCGGAGUGUUACAGAGUGAAAACAACGCCGUUACCAUGGUUUUUAGAUCAUGUACUCCCACAGCUUUAAACAUCACUCAAUGCAGUGAAGUGAAACUGGUCCAAUCUUCAAAGAUGGCAUUAAACACAUGUCAUGACAUGAAAAAACAAAGAUGUGUCAAGAGGACCACACGGACAAGGGCAAAGCGGUUACAGGCUGAAAACACCACAGCUCAGAUUCAGGGGUGUAAGAGAGACCAGCCCAGUAACCUGACAGAUAUAGACGAGCCUCAGGUGAAGAGACAGAGAAUCCAGAUCAGGCCAAAGAAAUCUAGACCCUCCAAAUUGUCUAGCCAACCUGCUAAACAUAUUCAUAACGAACAUUGGUUGAAUGUGUAUGAGGAAGGACAAAUGCUGGGAUCAGGAGGAUUUGGCCGUGUGUUUGCUGGGAUACGCAAAGAAGACGGAUUGCCAGUUGCAAUCAAAUACGUCUCCAAACAGAUGGCAUAUGAAAAACUGCACCUUGCAGGAUAUGGCUGGCUGCCCAGUGAGAUAGCUUUGAUGAUCCUUGCAAACACAGAACCUUCCUGUUCCAACAUACUGAAGAUGCUGGACUGGUAUGAAGAGCCAAAACGCUAUAUCAUAGUCCUGGAACGUCCCGAACCAUGUGAGGACCUGAGUGGAUUCUGCCUGAAGCAAGGUGAUUGCAUGACUGAGGUUGAGGCUCGAAAACUGAUGUUUCAGCUGAUGGAAGCUCUGAAGCAUUGUAAGAGCCGUGGUAUACUACACCGUGAUGUCAAGCCAGAAAACAUCCUGAUUCAGACAGACAUGUUACAAGUUAAGCUAUUUGACUUCGGAUGCGCAGACAUCAUCAGAGACUCCUACAAUGACUUUGCAGGCACACUUCAAUAUGCCCCUCCUGAGUGGUAUCUACAGGAGCAGUAUCUGGCAGACCCAACUACCGUCUGGUCUGUGGGCGUGACGCUGUACAGACUGGUCUGUGGCUGCCUGCCUUUCCAGACCACUAAGGAUAUAAUUAAUGGAAAUCUGUACUUCCCCGAAAGUCUAUCUCAAGAGUGCAUCCAUCUGAUCGGUUGGUGUUUGAAGGCUAAAGCAGAAGACAGGCCCAGCCUUGAGCAGAUAGAGCUUCACAACUGGUUUCACUCAACAGGUGUUUCGAGUGCAAAACUACCGUGCAGGAGGCUGAGAUACAAAUACGUGUGCAGAUACAUCUGAACUUUUGUCCUUAUCCAUUCAAAAGAUUUGAAUUGUUAUUCAGAAAAACAAUCAGCUACAACAGUGUGCAUUACAGUGGUUUUAUUAUGGGUAGGGGUGUUGUUAAUUCACUGUAUCACAUGCCAUUGUGUGUAGGAAGGAGAGGGUAAAAUGAGAGAAUUAAUAUUGCUACUUUAAGAAAUGCAUUUUUUUUUCUUUGUACCAAACCAUCAUUAUCUCAUAUUCAUUACUUAAUUUGCUGUGUUAUGAUAUGCGUGGAAGACUGUGUUUUGUUAUGGGAAUUAGGAUGUACAGAAAUAUUGAUUAGUUUAUUUGUAAAGAACAAAUGUGAAAAAAAAUGUAUAUAUAUUUUUGCCACACAACAACAAAUGUAAAUAAAUUCACUUAAUUCUGAUAUUUAA